AGCCUUACCUGUCCCGGCGCUAACCUGCUGUCUGGCUCGGAGGUGGCGGCGUCCCAUGCUUUUCUGGGUCCCCUCUUUCUGUGCCCCACCCUGAGGGGGGCGUGAGGGUGGGCGUGGGGCGCCAGGGACCGGCCGGACCUGUGGGACACGGGGCUCGGGCUGUCUGAGGAGCCCGUCACCUGAAGCAGCCGGCUCUUCCGGGGCUGGGACACCUGUGGGCGGCGGGAUCCUGUGUCCCUGCAAGCUCAUAAAUACUGCAGCGCAUCGGUAGCCGAGAGGACCGUGAGGGCAGCUGGCGCGCCCCUGAGGGUGAGCCGGUGUCCCCUUCCCGAUUGCGCCCCCCACCCCACACCCCAGCUUUCGGCCUUCGGCGGACCGUUCCUUCAGACCCGGGGCACCUGUCCAGGUCCCGAGGGCAAGUGGACCGAACUUCAGAACCUCAGCCGGCCCGAGAGCUGAGGAGAAACCGGGGUUCAGGCACAUGCAGGUUCAGGGCUGGGGAGGCAGCUGGGAUGAGGAUGGAGCCCCGGGAGGAGAAAGCCCUGAAGACAAGGCGGGAUGCUGAGGGGAGGAAUGAGAAGCUGCUCCAGACGGGAGCAGCUGAUGAGGAAUUUGGGAGUAGAGCUGGGAUUAUCGGUUCCCGAGGAAUAAGUGGAAAUCUGAGGAUGAACUACAGAGGCUGAGGGUACAGCGGGACGCUAAGAAUUUGGGGAAUAGAUCGAUAAGAGGAGAUAUUGGGGAUGGAGUUGUCAGAGGCAUCCCCGCCCCCAGCCACCCAGCGCCCUCCCAGAACCAGGAGCCUGGGCCGGAAGGGUUCAAACGCAGCUGCAUCUCGUCCUAGCCGUGCCGUUGAGUCACUCGGUUGCUCAGUUUCCUAUAUGUGACUGGGGUGGUGAUGUCUGUCGCCACCACCGCAUAGGAAUGCUGUGAGGCCUCCUGCCAUUAAUCUAUGCAAAGUGCCGAGCAGCGAGGUUCAGAAACCUCAUUAAUUAUUCUCUCACCAGCAUCUCCUUCACCACUCCCCUCAGAGACGUUUCAGCCAUUCAGCCUUCCUCCCCCACGGACAUCCUGACAGACGGACAGAGGGCCCUGCCUGGCAUCGGUCCAUUCUUCAUCCUCUGUGGGACCCACCAACGGAAUUUGAUCCCACCCCUGCGUUCCUCGAUACCUCCCAUCAUCCCCCUACCAUGAGCCCCUUUCUUGGAGGCUGGCUCUUCUGUCUGCUACUGCUUUUCUCCCUGGGAGUCCAGGGGACCCCAGAGUAUCCUCGUGCUACACCGGAGCAAGUCCAUCUGUCCUACCCCGGUGAGCCAGGCACCAUGACUGUGACCUGGACCACGUGGGCUCCAGCCCGGUCUGAGGUGCAGUUCGGCACGCAGCUGUCUGGUCCUCUUCCAUUGCGUGCCCAUGGCACCUCCAGCGCCUUUGUGGAUGGAGGAGUUCUGCGGCGCAAGCUCUACAUCCACCGUGUGACGCUGCGGAAGCUGUUGCCAGGGGCCCACUACGUGUACCGUUGUGGCAGCUCUCAGGGCUGGAGCCGGCGAUUUCGCUUCACGGCUUUGAAGAAUGGAGUCCACUGGAGUCCGCGCCUGGCUGUGUUUGGGGACAUGGGGGCUGAUAACCCGAAGGCCCUGCCCAGGCUGCGGAGGGACACCCAGCAGGGCAUGUUUGAUGCAGUGCUCCAUGUGGGAGACUUUGCCUACAACAUGGACCAGGACAAUGCUCGCGUUGGGGACAGAUUCAUGAGGCUCAUUGAACCUGUUGCUGCCAGCCUGCCGUACAUGACGUGCCCUGGGAAUCAUGAACAGCGCUACAAUUUCUCUAACUACAAGGCUCGCUUUAGCAUGCCAGGGGACAAUGAAGGCUUGUGGUACAGCUGGGACCUGGGUCCCGCCCAUAUCAUCUCGUUCUCCACUGAGGUCUAUUUCUUUCUCCACUAUGGUCGUCACCUGGUUGAAAAGCAAUUCCGUUGGCUGGAGCGUGACCUCCAGAAAGCCAAUAAGAAUCGGGUAGCCCGGCCGUGGAUCAUCACGAUGGGUCAUCGGCCUAUGUACUGUUCCAACGCGGAUCUGGAUGACUGCACGCGGCACGAAAGCAGGGUCCGCAAAGGCCUCCAAGGCAAGUUGUUUGGGUUAGAGGACCUUUUCCAUAAAUACGGCGUGGAUCUGGAGUUCUGGGCUCAUGAACACUCUUACGAACGACUAUGGCCAAUUUAUAACUACCAGGUAUUUAAUGGCAGCCUAGAGAGGCCCUACACCAACCCUCGAGGCCCAGUUCACAUCAUCACAGGAUCUGCGGGUUGUGAAGAGCUGUUGACUCCCUUUGUCAGGAAAGCCAGACCGUGGAGCGCCGUGCGUGUGAAGGAGUACGGCUACACAAGGAUGCACAUCCUUAAUGGCACCCACCUGCACAUCCAGCAAGUGUCUGAUGACCAGGAUGGGAAGAUUGUGGAUGACGUCUGGGUGGUUAGACCUUUGCUUGGCCGGAUGAUGUACCACUAAGACCGGUGUGCCCCUCAUGAAGACAUUUUGCUGCUGUGACCAGGCAGUACCUUGGCCUGGGAAGGGAGUCAGGGCAGGAUCCCACUCCUCCACCAUCCAGAAGCCUGAGGGUACAGCCUUGAGAGAGGCCAGACAGCUCUUGCCUCCUGGAGAGGUGGGAGCCCAGGCUGGUUGGAGAGGGAGGACAGGUAUGUGGGCACCAGCAGGGCUGACUGCCAGCAUAGUCCUACCCUCCGGCAUCACUGACAGGACCAGGGACUCAAGGGCCUCAGAAUAAAGAAGCUUAGAGCCGUUGCUCCCUGGACACAAACUUCCACUUGAGCCAUCUGUCCCUUUGCCCUCUCCUGAAGGGUGUCCUGUGCCGGGAUCAGCAAAGUGGGCACAGCCCUCACAACCGGACUUGCCAGCAGGUUACUCCUAGUUCUUUCUGCCUUGCAUCUAGUCCCUUGCCUGGCUUCUGUGCUGAUAGCCCACGAUGUCCCUUGGUGCCUCAAUUUCCCAGCCAGCACUAUCUUUUCCAGGAGGAGAGGAUAGUAACACUUUUACUCCUUAUCCCCCAAGGCAAAGCUGGUAAGCCUCAGGGGCACACAGACACGCUACAUUCUUCCACACGGCACCUCUCUUUUUCCUCUCCCUUUUUACAUGUCCUACCAUGAUUUAUUGAGCAUCUAUUAGGUACCGAGGCUAGAACAAGACAGAUCUCUCCCCUGUAGUAUGGACAUGGAAUCAGGACUUGAACAGCAACUCCCUUACAAGGGAUAAGAGAUCAGGGGGAAGAAAGGAAGGGGAACAGUGACAGUUUGAAGGGAGACAGCUGACCUUUGGACAAAGUUGAGGAGCAAGGACACAGGUGACACAGGACGGGCAGUCCCAGAGCUUGGCCAGAGCAAAGGCCCUGAGGCAGAGCUGCACUUUCCCCAUUGGCUGAGGAGGCUGUUGUGGCUGUCACAGAAAAACAAUGAGGGAGAAAGAGAAGAGGAUGGAGCAGUGGUGGUUACGCAGAGCCUUCUGGGCCACCAUGAGGACUUGUGAGGACUUCGGAUGGAGCCAUGGGAUGCUGAAGGCUGACCCCUGCAGAUUCCUGGCCCUGUGGGUUACCUCAUCGCUGCCCUCCAUUGUGCUGAGCAGUGCGUUUUUCAGCCUCCUCAGGUCUAAGCCUCACUUGCCUGUCACUAAACCCAAGGCUCAUGGACUUCGUGGAAGUUUCUGGAACACAUCAAGUACUUUACCUGUGCAAAGCCAAUGCACAUACCGACCUAUGUUUCCUUCCUAUUGCUCCCUCCUCAAAGCCUGCCCUGAUGAGUCCUGUUGGAGUCCAGGUCUCUGGGAUCCCCAAAACCUUCACUGUCUGCCUUAUUCACCAGCCAUUGUCUGUGUCCUUCCUAGGGUCAGGACUCGGUGACGGUGGCACUUUGUUUCCACAUGAGCCUAUCAUUCCCUCUAAUCCUCCUGGGGUCCUCGGUGUCCCCUCUCCCCGGCCCUGCACAUUCUAGCUCAUUGCUACUCCGAGAUGGGUGUCUCUCGGUCUCCUGUCGGACUGUCAGUGCUAAGGAGGACAGGGCCAAAGUGGCCCAGCACAACAAGAGGCCCUAGGAAGGUUCUCACAUGCCAAGCUCUGACUUGGCCAUGUCAGGGACAGCGAUGAAUCAGAAAGAGAAAUCAGGUCACCCAACCCAAAUGAUGUACGAGGAGAGAAUGCUGACCGGCGAAGGCAUGCUGGGGAGAGCCACGUCAAGGCUGUGGAGGUAGCACAGGGUGCCACUGUGUAAGCUGCGGACCUGCCUGACAGGGAGAGUCUACAGAGGGCAAAGACCGACAGGGAGGCAGCACAAGGGAGCUGAGCCCAGCUUUGCCACUUCCAGUGUGACAACUUCGAGUCAUGGUCCUCUGAGAACCUGUUUCUUCAUCUGUAUGGAGAGGAAGAGCCUUGGGAGGCAGCCUUGAAUGGAAUUAAAAGCUCAUCACCAACCUGCAUUCUCUUCUCUCUUCUUCCUCCUCCCUUCCCCUUCUCCUUUUCUCUCAUCUUGCUUUCCUUCCUUCCUUUCAACUCCAAACCCCAUGUCCUCUCCUAUAUCAGAUCAUUAACAAACACUCCAAUUUCUGUUUUAUCUGUCAUGACAGUGACAUAUUUCCUACCUUCCCCAUGGGCUGGCCUUGAUCUAGUGAUCGUCCUACCCCAGCCUCUCCUGGGAUGGAAUGACAGGCAUGUGCCUUUGUUCCUGGCUGCCCUUUUUUGUUGUUAUGUUUUUAUUUAUUUUUAUUUUAUGUGUAUGAGUGUUUUUCUUACAUGCAUAUCUGUGUACCACGAACAUGCCUGGUGCCCAUGGAGGCUGAAAAAGGGCAUCAGAUUCCCCUGAGGCUGGAGUUACAGAUAGUUUCGAGCCACUCUGUGGCUGCUGGGAACUGAACCUGGGUCCUGUGCAAGAGCAAUCAGCGCUCUCAAUUGUUGAGCCAUCUCUCCAGCCCGCUAGCUGCCUUUUUAUUUAUUUUUAUUUUAUAUUAUUUCAGUUUACCCAUACAAGGUCUCACCGUGUGUCCCAAGGGAACCCCAGAUCAAGGGCUGGUGUGACAGGCCAUGCACCACACCACCAUGCCCAUCUCAGGACACAUGCAUAUCACCAUGUAAACACAUUUCUAUCUGUUCUAUGUCAGCUUUAAAAUCGGAACUCCAGGAACCACAAGGAUUUCUUGGAUUCUGUUGCCUCCCCAGUCCAGGUCCCUGGUCCAUAGUUAGGUGUCCAGUGCAUACUGCUGGGUACCCGAAGAAAGAAACCAGAAGGGUCGCUUCCAUGUUUAGCCCAGCCCAUCACUUCAGAGCCUCACACAGAACAGCGAGGCCUCUGCUCCAAGUGACUCACAGAAAGGCCAGCCACUGGAGCCACAGCCUGGUGAGAGGGAGACCCACACCCAGGAGGCCACGCUGCCAUAUCUGGUCUAUGUGCCCUGAGUGGAGACCCUGAGGUUUUGGAAGGAAUCGCUGAGCACGGAAAUGUUAUCGCAAGCCUCAGGAGAGUUUGUGACCUGUUUUUCCUGCUCGCUGAAGUGAACAUGGCCGUUGUGCCUUCUUUUCAUUUUUAAAAAUAAGCUUUAACUUGGGGAAUGGUUCUCACAGAAAACUGGAAAGAUAAAAGAGUUCCCACAGGAACCUCGCGCCUGGCUUUCUUUUAUGAUUAAAAUCUCAUAUGAUAGUA